UUGCUUUAUCUCUCUCUAGGGACACUUCAAUUUCUCUCUCGCUCUUUCUUCUCUCUCAACAGCACCGCAAUUUCUAUCGCCGAUUCAAAACCCUAGAAUUCCGAUAAUUAACGGGUCGGUUCGGAGCUCCAUUGUUAUCAAACUCAACAUUUGGGAGUUUCAAGACAGACAGCUGAGAAUAGUUAUCCAAAGUGAAUAUGUAUAUGUUCUGAUAGUACAUUGAUUGUAAUGCCAAACAGUAGAAGAUUCAGUUGCAAAAUUAUACACGCAAAGGUUCUGGAAAAUCAUCUAUGCCUGGCAAUGAAUUUGGAGAUAGUGUUCACAAUUUUUUUGCACAAGACAGCUUGUCACAAGUACAGCAUAAUUCCCCAGUAGUGGACGUCAAUUGGCCAACUUCAAGGGGCAAUAUGUGGGCUGGAAGUCAGAGACAGAUAGGUGUACUGAGUUCCAACACGAAAAAUUACAAUUUGCAGAAUUCUGACGCUGGAAGAGGAAUAAGCAGUUACCCAUUCAAUGGGCAGCAUGGUUUAAAUUUUGCGCAGCCAAUUCAGAGGCCUGAGCUUGCUAAAAAUCAGUCACAAAGCCAGCAGCCAAAUUUGAAUGGCUACAUGUAUGGUAAUCAGUUUUACCAGACAAGGCAGGAUGAAACAAACUUUCCUGCUGUGGAUACUAGUUCUGAUCAACGUAAUAUAGCCUCAGGAGGCUCAUCUUUUUUUGAGUCGCAGCAAUGGUUGGGUCCUGAGCAGCACACAAGAGUAUCUGUUAGAUCAGAAACUUCGGAUAGUCCUGUGAGUGGCGAUCUUUUUGGUGGUCAGCAAAUCUCUCAUCAGCAAUCAAACAUGCUGCAUUCUUUGCAGCGGCAGCAGUCUGGGAUUAAUGACAUGCAACAAUUUCAACAGCAGGUUAUGUUCAUGAAGAUGCAAGAACUUCAGAGACAGCAGCAACUUCAUCAACUAGAAGCAAGGCAACAAAAUACUUUAAAUCAAGUUUCUUCCAGUCCUAAGUUAGCAUCUGGUGUACAUUCCUCUGCAUUAGUUAAUGGUACUGCGGAUUCUGGCGCAUUAAAUCAUACCUGGGCAAAUGAGCUUGGCAACACAAACUGGUCACAGCGUGGUUCUCCAGUACUUCAAGGGUCCUCCAGUGGACUCUUUCCCACCAAUAAUGGCCAAGCACAGCGCUUAAUGGGUUUGAUUCCUCAACAGAUUGAUCAAUCUCUAUAUGGAGUUCCUGUUCCUAGUUCAAGACCAUCUCUAAACCAAUUUUCACAAGGGGUGACAGAUAAGCAAGCAGUGCAGCCAAUGCCAACUUUUAAUAGUUCAUUUCCAGUUAAUCAAUAUGCUCCAUUAGCAGAUCAAGUCAGUGCGCAGGAUGGGAUUUUCCUCUCUAGACAGAGACUCCAAGUUGAAAAUGUAUUUGGAGAUGCUCCAAGCCAAACCCUAUCUAAUGCAGUGGAUGUGGGUAACCUUCAGCAAGCUGAUGCUAUGCAAAAAGCAUCAGUUCUACAGGAAUUCUGUGGCAGACAGGAUAUAGCUGUUCCUUCAGAUACCUCACAGGAGGAAGCAGCCGGGGGAGCUUCUUCCUCACAGAACGAAGCAGCCGGGGGAGCUUCUUCCUCACAGAACGAAGUUGGAUUGGAUCCUACUGAAGAAAGAAUUUUAUUUGGUUCAGAUGAUAAUAUAUGGGCCGCCUUUGGCAAGAGCCCUAUGAGCGGCGAAGGUGGUAAUCCUUUUGAUGGUGCUGAAUUGCUAGAUGGGACUCCUUCUAUCCAAGGUGGUACUUGGAGUGCUCUUAUGCAGUCUGCUGUUGCAGAAAUUUCUAGCAGUGAUGUUGGUCUACAGGAGCAGUGGACUGGUGUGAAUUUUCAUAGUACUGAAAUUCCCUGCGGGAGUCCGAACUUGACAUACAACAGUGAGAGACAUAAAACAACUUAUGCCGAAGACAAUUUGCCCCAAGCCUCAUCCUUAAAUUCUGUUUCUGUUCAUCCCUCUGGUAGCCCCGAUAUGAGAAAUAGCUAUCACAAUGUUCAGGGUCAGAGGUUUCCAUUUGAGCCAGGCAAGGGCCUGCAAUCAAAUUCUUCUCAGAGACUUUUGCCGUCAUCAGAUGGAAGAAACAAGUUGUCUAAUUUAGGCCAAACACAGAUGUUAGGAGCUGAAGGUUGCCAGAUGGUUGAGAAGACUUCAAAUCCUCUUGACAGGGAAAUGAUUUUAAAAAACAUUUCUACUUCUUUGGCACCCGAGCUUGGUGGAGCUAGGGAACAACACAACAAAUCAGCUGGCUGGAGUGUUCUUGAAUCAGCAAUGCCCUCUGGAGAUGCAGUGAGUGUCUCAAGAGAGAAUCCAUUUAAACGUUCCCAAGAUUACAAUCAGAAGAAAUUCAUUCAAGGUGAAGUUGUUCAUAGGGGUGCUGGGUGGAAUUCUGAUCCUGGCCGUAAUACUACAGUUACUAUGGCACGCACAGAAUCAUCUGUGGGUAGUCCCCAGGCAAAUUCGGAGGUCUUUUGCUUGCAUAGUUCUGCCGCAACACCAAACUCAAGUACCAUGAGGAGUGGCGAGGAAACCAGUCAAUUUUUCCAAAAUAAUCAUCAAUCUAGUUAUUGGAAGAAUGCUGAUCCAUUGGUAAAAUCUAGUGUCGGCAAAGGGGAGGUCUUACAACAUCAUGUUUCUGAGGACAACCAGCUUUUGCACUCAUCUCUGGAUAUUGGCGACAAAGAGGGUAAAAUGCAUGAGAUGGAGAACAGUGAUAAACAGGAGAAUUCGAAUGACAGCCAUCGCUCUAACUUAUCCCCUCAUUCUUCUGCUGGUGGUGUUAGGGAUAAUGUAUUAACAGAUGCUAAGGAUUCAAGGUUUCUGCCCACUGGGAAGCAUAAGUUGUCUAAUGAUGUUGGUCGGAGAAAUUCUCGGGCUAACAAGUUUCAGUAUCAUCCUAUGGGAAACGUGGAUAAGGAUGCAGAUCCUACGUGUGGAAUGAAACACCCUACUCAUUCUCAGCCUAUGUUGCAGCAGAAUCCCCACCAUGGCCAGUCUUUGUUGGCUCAGGUUCCUAAUAUUCAGGCAGAAUUGGAAAAGGUGGGUUUAUCUGAUGAGCUGGCUGAUGGAAAAGGCUAUGGCCAGGUGCACUCUGGUGGCAGCUUUCCUGGUGGUGGAUCUAAUAUGUCUACACUGAUAAACAGAUCUUUUGGGCUAUCACCAAAUUCGGCUCCAAAAUCUAGUCCAGACAUGCUGCAGCUUCUUCAGAAGGUGGACCCGUCGAGAGAGCGUGGCUCUACAGCUUACUUCAGCAAUUAUGAACAUAAAGCAUCAUCUGAUGCGCCUGAAGCCGAAAAUUCUGAUGGGUCUGCUGGACACCUCCGGCGAAGUCGGUCUUCGGCCUCUCAAGGUUUUGGUCUUCAACUUGGCCCUCCAUCGCAGCAGAUCUCAGUCCAAACCCAUCUCUUGUCAUCUCAAGGUCUUGCUGGAGCAGUUAGCUCUUCACAGUCAAGCCAUGCUGCUGCUGAGAUUAGAGAGAGAAGUCGGGGGCAGAUGCUCUGUCCUCAUCAGGCUCAAUUCCCUGCCCCUUCUGGCCUCUUACAGCAAGAGUCUAAGCAUAACACAAGAAUUCCAGGAAGUACAAUUAAUGGAACUGAUAUGCACACCAUGUCUGGGAACUUUUCUUCAGCAUUUGAAUCAGCUUCUGGUCAUACUUACUCUAGAAAUCAGCUUCAAAAUCCCCACAUGGUUAGGGCAAAUGGGCAAGACUCAACAAAUCAGUCUAUUGGUGUAUCUUUUGAUGAACCCCAUUCAACAGAAAAAGGAGAUUCUGGCAGAGGACCCUUGCCGGAUGGUGCUAGCAAUGUACCAUAUAGCCCCCCGCUCUCUAUGGGCAAUUCUCAGUUAAGUAAUGCUAAUGGUCCCCAUGGAAGCGUCUCCACUAAUCGAGCUUCGUCCAAGGAGCCAGUGUCAGCUUCCCCUUCUUUUUUAAUGCCUGGGAUAUCUCUGCAGGGUGCAUCUUCCAAGUCCACUAAUAUGCACACCAAUUUUCCACCACCACCACACCUUUUUAGUGGUCAGUAUAGCAAGAAUCCUUCCCAUAUUCUCCAGCAGAAUCAGAUGAAUAUUAUGGAGUCAUCAUUAUCUGCUCCAGAGAGGCAAGGUGAUCAAGAUGCCAACAAAGGAGGGACUUUCAUGUCUGAGCUUGGUCGUAGUUCAGUGAAUUCUCUGCAUUCUAUCGAGGGGGAAGAACUGCAAGAUAAGGAGAAUACUUCUGAGGCAGUACGUACGGAAAAUGUGGACUUAGUGCAGGAGAUGAACGAUUCACAGGGUAGAGAAUCUAUUGUCAAGAAUCUCCGCGAAGGAUCUCCUGCAAAUUCCUCUAUGCAGAGAGAUAUUGAAGCCUUUGGCCGAUCACUGAAACCAAACAGCUUUCCUAAUCAAAGUUAUUCCUUACUAAACCAAAUGUGGACCAUGAAAAACGCGGAGACCGACCCAAGCAAUAUGGCCCUCAAAAGAAUGAGGGUACCAGACAGCAGUGCAGCUACUCAGCAAGUUCCUUCUGGUGAUUCUAGAAUGCUGAACUUCUCUGGGCCAGAUGAUUUGCAGAGAAGUGUAUCAUUUCAACAUGGAGGAAGGAUGACUCCUCAGGAUGUUGCAUUUUGUCAGGAUGAUUCUCAGACUGGCUCUCUUAACAGCAAUACUAGUAGUGUUCAGCCUGAGCAAACUCAGAUUAGUCCACAUAUGCCACCAUCAUGGUUCAAUCAGUACGGAAGCUUCAAAAAUGGGCAGAUGUUACAGAUGUAUGAUGCACACAGAGCUGCUGCUGCCAUGAAGGCAGCAGAACAGCCUUUCAUUCCUGCAAAGUCUACCAGUGGUUUGUAUGCUUUUAACUCUAUUCAGAAAGUAAUCCAUGCAACUGCUGAUAGAAGUCAAACUGGUAAUGUUGGGCAAAGUUCAAUUGCCAACUCUGCUGCAACUGAACAUUUUUCUUCUCUACAAACGUUGCCAAUGAACGUUGAUCAGCAGCACCCAAUCAUGAAACCGAAAAAGCGGAAACGUACUACAUCUGAAUUCACUCCUUGGUACAAAGAAAUUUCUCUGGAUUUAUGUAGCGAUCAGACAAUCAGCCUGGCGGAUAUAGAGUGGGCCAAAGCAGUUAAUAGGCUUCCUGAAAAGGUUAAAGAAAUUGAUUCUAUUGAUGAUGGGCCACCAAGGCUUAAAGCUAGAAGAAGGCUUCUGUUGACCACUCAGCUUAUGCAGCAACUAUUUUAUCCUCCGCCUGCAGCAGUUCUUUCUGCAGAUGCUAAAUCGGAGUAUGAGAGUGUGGCUUACUCCAUUUCCAGAUUGGCGUUAGGGGAUGCAUGCGGCAUGGUCUCUUGCUCGGAUGCUGAUACCAAUAUGCCUCAAGAUGGCAAAGAACUUAGUCUUCCUGACAAGCGGAAAGCAUCUGAGAGAGAUGAUAGACCUCACUUCUCCAGAGUUGUGGACGAGUUAAUGGGAAGAGCAAGCAAGUUAGAAAGUGACUUUGUGAGUUUGAACAAGAGAGCGUCAGUAUUAGACGUGAUAGUGGAAGGACAAGAUCUGGAGAAGUUCUCAGUCUUCUAUCGAUUUGCAAAGUUUCAUGGUCGGGGGCAAUCUAGUGGUGCUGAGUCAUCUUCAACAGAUGCUGCUGCACAUAGCCAUAAACCUUUUCUGCAAAGAUACGUUAAUGCACUCCCAAUGCCUAAAAAUCUCCCAACUAGGGUGCAAUGUCUUUCACUAUGAUCAUUAGUUUAGUUAAUAUUUUUUCGCCAUCAAUCCAAUAGCUCCAAAUCCCUUGGAAGUUUUGUUGCUAAUUAUGUACUGGCACUAGCAGCAGCACAAAGAGCACGGCGCAAUUGCAGAAAGAACAGUCUCUAAUUGGUCCCUCAAUGCAAUAUAGGCAGUCCAUUUUGCAUGUAGGCCAAUUAUGUCAAUUGUCAAGAAAUGUGGUUCGUUCCAUGUGUCUCUCUCCAUAGUUAGAGAUAGAGAGAUGUCCAUAUGUAGUUAGUUCAGUGUUGUGAAUGUAAUGGUAAUUAAAUCAGGUGUAGUGUACUACAAUUUCUUAUCUUCUAGGUAAAUAUAUGAUGCCUAGGCUCAUCUUAGUAGGUAAAUGUGAAUGUCAACAGUUGCGAAGUUGUUGUGUUGGCUAUUUGUACCUUUUUAAUACUCAGAACAACCCCCCCCCCCUCC